AUGGACUCUCUGGCGCUCCGUAAGCGCAUGCUUCCGCCCUCGACAAAGAUGGCUGCAUACUCCGUCGCACUUCGCCCUUGCGACUUAGCAGCAGCCCCAGCAGCAGCAGGCUUUCCUCUGCGGCCUGGCUGCCCGCUGGGGGUCGCUGCUGUCUCCAAACACUGCAGGGUAUUCGGUCCUGAGGAAUCGGUUGUGGAGAAGGAUCCUCCAGGAAGCCAGCAACCUGCUAAGGAGCUGGUGGCUAAGGAGGAGCGUGUGGAAGAGAAAGCAGAGAAGAAACGACUUGGGAAGAAGUGUCAAAAGGAUCAGAAGCAAAGAGAGUGCUUGGAGAAGGAUGGCAGGGAGUCCAACACGAAUGCCAUUACAGAUGGCGAUGGCAGCCCCCCGUCCAGCUCUGGGAACCCAGCUCAGGGCCAGUGUAGCGACGAACAAGACUCACUGGAUCUAUCUGUUAACAGUAGCUUUGUGUCUCUGGCUUUCAACAAGGUUGGAGAUUGACCCCUCAGUGCCCACAGAGAAAAGGGACUAAGUCAUUAGCCCCAAGGCAGAAGCCUGGGUCUUCAAGAAAAGAUGAACCAGGAAGAAGGAAGCACUCCAAAAGAAGAGAGCCCUAGGCAGAGUCGUAAGGCAGAGGUGAGGAGGUUAUCUCCAGGACUGCUGGCAGCUGCCUUACAACAGAGCCAGGAGCUGGCAAAGUUGGGUACCAGCUUUGCUGAAAAUGGUUUCUACCACAAGGCCAUGGUCCUCUUCACCCGAGUCUUCAGGUUCAACCCCCAGGACCACUAGUUAUUUGGAAAUUGCUCAUUCUGCAAUGAACGGCCGGGUCAGCGGAUGUGCGCCCUGACUGAUGUAGCCCCUGGGGCCUCUUCCGCCUGGGCAAGGCCUUUCCUCUGGGACCAAAGCAUUUUGAAGAGGCAGCGGUGUGUUCUGGAGACUCUGAGAGGCGGGUCCCAGCCUGACGCAGUCUGGGAGCUACAUUCCUGCCUCCUGCAAGUCACCCUGGUAAGGGGAUCAGGCCCACUCUUAUGCGGAGGGGGCAACAGAGGGAACUGGCCGAAUAAGGGGGACAUGGGCAGCCCUGCCGGAAGGUGUCAGGUGCCCCUCCCUUUCCUUCCUCAGCAGUACCAGCGAAGAGGAAUCUCUGGGCUGCCUCCGUCAACUGAAUUUCUCCAUCCAUUUUUCCAUGUUGAGCUGGGGCCUUUAAGCCUCUUCUCCUGCAGUUGCCCUGGAAGUACUGCCCCAAGGGCCCCUGGCCUUCUAUCUCCACCCUUGCAUUAUCCCCAACCGAGCCAGUCUGACUGGUCCUUCCCCCGGACUCAGAGCAGAAGACCCGGUCCUCUCCACCUCCAGGACUCCUCAGAGGGCUGGGGCACCCUGGAACUUGGGCCCCAGCACCUACCUCACACCAGAUGAAGGAGAACCUGUCCCUGAUAAGGCAGGGCUGUGUGUGCAUCCCACAGGGAGAAAGGACACGGUGUAGUCGCAGUUCACUGCACAUUGUAAGACCUGUACUCUAAAACCAUGGUUGGGAACAGCCCUGGCAGUCAUACCUUUUGACACAGAAACCCUCUGAUGAGAGAAAGGAGCCCUGCUUCCACUGAAAUAGCCUUUCUUUGGUUCUUAAGCAGAUGGCUUCUCCUGGGAGCAGUAAGGAAAAAUAAAAUCCCCCAAGGCUCAAGAAGGGAUCUGUACAAAAAUUCAGAUUUUCAGACUAUAACAGACCAGUCUGUAGGGGCAUCUGAAGCUUGCUCUUGGUCUUGGGGAACUCACCAGCCAGAGCUGUGCGCUCAGGAAUGAGGUCACAGUGAUGAAUAAGGCCUAAGUCUUGAUCUGCAGCUUGAUGGAAGCCCACUGCUUCCUAAUCCCAGUUCUCACCCUGUUCUCUCCAGCCUCAGUUCUCAUGCCUUGCUUCCUGUCCACUCUUCUACGCAUAUUCUGACCUCUCCUUUGUCCAGUGGUUCUGAUGCUCACCUCCUUCCACUGCUAGAAGAUUCACCAAGGGUAUGCAUUUGGGAAGCCCCUUACCAGCCCCUUCCUGGAGCUGGCAGAAUCCAUACAUCUCCAUAUACCCCACCUGCUGGCUCUCCCACUGAUGCAGCCUCAGCAGAUACACAGGCUUCUGCUACGUUUCUCUUACUCUUUCUCCACUCCAGCGCUGGGCAUUGUAACUAGCAUUUCCCCCAUGUGAAUUUACUUAGUUUUUCUACCUAGGAUCACUGCCCCUAAAAAAACUAAAAUUCUCUAAUUUCUCUAUAAGAAACACGACCUCCUUCUAGUUUUUCCUCUAAGAUCUUGACAGCUCCUGGCUGGUUCCUCCCUGGCUCUACGUGGGACUCUCAGUUCAUUAAAGUGUGGGUCUGCAGGCCUCCCAGCGUGCUUUUCUUUGGAGAACCAUUUAUCUGGAUAAAUGACUCUUGCUGCCCUAUAGGUCUUACUCAGCACCAUUUGUACCUAGAGACUGGAGGAGCUGAGACACCUCCUUUGUUUAAGGCUUUCCCAAAUUCUUUUGUUUACGGUUGUAGCCCUCUUAAAUCCUGUAUGGCAGAUUACAGUCUGUCAUUACAAGUUGCGUCACCUUGGGCAGAUUUCUUAACACCUAUGCUUCAGUUUCCUCUUCUGUACAAUGUGGGCUAUCCCUACCUCACAGGGCUGCUAUGAGGGCUGAAAGAGAAAGUGUGAGAAAAUACCUACCCAAAGUCUGGGACAUAGUGAGUGUUCAAUAAACUGAUUUUUAUCUGAA